AUGCGCCUCGCCGGGGGCGCCGGCUCCCCCCGGGCUUUGCCUUUGCCCGGGAAUGGCAGCUGGUGGCGGGCGGCGGAGCCCGGCGGCGGCAGCAGCCCCAGUCCCGAGGCGUGGUCGGGGUCGCCGAACGGCAGCCUGGGCGGCUGGGACCCCUUCGGGCGGGACGAGGAGCUGGCGAAGCUGGAGAUCGCGGUGCUGGCCGUCACCUUCGCGGUGGCGGUGGUGGGGAACGGCAGCGUGCUGCUGGCGCUGCGGCGCACGCCGCGCAAGGCGUCCCGCAUGCACCUCUUCAUCCGCCACCUCAGCCUGGCCGACCUGGUGGUGGCCUUCUUCCAGGUGCUGCCCCAGCUCUGCUGGGAGGUGACCCACCGCUUCCACGGCUCCGACGGGCUCUGCCGCGUCGUCAAGCACCUGCAGGUCUUCGGCAUGUUCGCCUCGGCGUACAUGCUGGUGGCCAUGACGGCCGACCGCUACAUCGCCGUCUGCCACCCGCUGAAGACGCUGCAGCAGCCCACCAAGCGCUCGUACGGGAUGAUCGCGGCGGCCUGGGCGCUCAGCCUGCUGCUCAGCACCCCGCAGUACUUCAUCUUCUCCCUCAGCGAAGUGGAGCGCGGCUCGCAGGUCUACGACUGCUGGGCGCACUUCAUCAUGCCCUGGGGGCCCCGCGCCUACAUCACUUGGAUCACCGGCGGCAUCUUCAUCGCGCCUGUCCUCAUCCUCAUCAUCUGCUACGGCUUCAUCUGCUACCGCAUCUGGCGCAACGUCCGGGGCAAGACGCGCCCGGGGGAGGCGGCAGCAGCGGGUAGCGGGCGGCGGGCAGGUGAUGAUGGUGGCCCGCGACGGGGGCUGCUGCUUGCCCCUUGUGUCAGCAACGUCAAAACCAUCUCCCGCGCCAAGAUCCGCACCGUCAAGAUGACCUUCGUCAUCGUCUCGGUGUACGUCGUUUGCUGGGCGCCCUUCUUCACCAUCCAGAUGUGGUCCGUCUGGGACCAGCGCUUCCCCUGGGUCGAUUCUGAAAACACUGCAACUACUGUUACGGCUCUGCUGGCCAGCCUGAACAGUUGCUGUAACCCGUGGAUCUACAUGUUCUUCAGUGGGCACCUCCUCCAAGACUGCCUACAGAGCUUCCCUUGCUGCCAAAAAAUAAAGCAAACACUGAGUAAAGAAGAUUCAAACAGCAAUAGCAGGCGACAGACUUCUUUCACCAACAACAGAAGCCCAACCCACAGCCUAAACACAUGGAGAGAGAUGCCCCACUCCAAAUCGACCAGCUUCAUCCCCAUCCCAACGUGAGACAGGCCUCGGGGCAGGCAGGGCUUGCAGUUCUGUCACAGUGUUUGGGAAGGUUGUGGCAUGGCACUUUAUGCCAAUCCAGGGCACCAUCGUGGUACCAAGGAAUGACUAAGAUGGCCAUGAGGCAAAAAGUGCCCCUUUGCUUGAUAAGCUGUGCUGCAGUAUGGAAAUUAUUUUCUGAAAGUUUUUUAGGAUUUGGGCAACUGAUCAGCAAGGUGUGGCAAAAAAUAAAGCAGUUAUUUUUUUAAAAUAGAAUUUAUUUUAAUUUUUGUCUGUUCCUAAAAUACUAAGUGCAUUGUUGCUUGCUGUUUAAAACAGUCAAAACAAUGGAGUUGUCAUGUAUUGGGCUAACUCCACUCUCUAGUGUUAAUGCAUAAAACUUCUCAUGAUUGUCUGAUGAAGUCAUGGGGAAAGAAGACAAUAUGAGCAAGAUUACAGUUUAGUCUUAAACAUUACGAGAAAAGGAUUGGGAAAAAGUCUUGGCUGUCCAGAUAAGGAAUGGGGUUAGAC